AUGAAGGGUUUAACAGUGCUUGCUUUAUUCAGUGCAAUUUGUGUAAAUUGCCGCGCCGCUUGCUUGAAGAACACGAGUAAUGUGGAAAACGUGAAAAACUCUGAUGUGUGCUCUGAAGACGACGGUAUCUGGGGGCCUUUGAUUGAAAACUGGACCGUUCAAAAUAAAAGGGGUGCCCGUGUUAUGAUACUCCAUCCAGUUCCGAACUCUUACAUUAUAGAAGAGAAAAUCGACAAUGAUAUGACUGAGAAAGAAAGCAAAAUAAGUCCAGGCAAAAUAGUGUCCACGGGUAAUGUUAACAAGAAACCGCCACCCGCCAGGCAAAUCUCCGAGACCGACCUCUAUCUCCUAGGAGCUAUCGAAAAGCUAGUAUACAGGGUGGAUUUUAUGGAGAAGCGAUUGAGGCGUGUCGAGGAAAUGUUAUAUUACGCGGUAGCUGGAAAUCGCAUCGAUAAUGAACCUUGCCCGAAUAAUUUUACCAGAGUAGGAGCGGACUGUUACCAGUUUUUUACGUCAGCUGGUAGAGAGUAUGACUGGAAGGUAGCAAGCAAGAAGUGUAAAUCAUUAGGUGGAUUUUUAGCCGAAAUGGAGACAAUUGAAGAAAAUCAAGAUGUCAUUGCUUUUAUACAAAGUAACCAAUAUUUAAGGGGCAAAGAUUUCUGGGUUGGCGGCUUAAACCCAGGUCUACUGUGGAUUUGGAGCAACAGCGCUAGGCCCGUUAAAGCACCGGGCUCCCACAACAACACGGACAAUCCGUCGACUGCCAUUAAAGGGGACGGUAGAUGUCUAAGACUGGCCUACAACCCGGCUCUCCGGACUUACACUUAUCAGGGAACCGACUGCUCCAUCAGGUUCAGCCACAUUUGCGAACUGCCACAGAAAACGUCGAGCAACGAAAUCAGGCGUCUCGGAAGAAGCAGGAGGAUAUUCAGCGACGAAUCAUAAUAAAGUG